UUCUUGAGUGCAUCGGGUUUUGACUCGCUUCUUGCUAUUUAUCCCCAUUUUGUUGUUCUCUAGCCCUCUCGACUAAAAAGGUCUUCUUAGACUGCACAAUGUUUCCCUUCUUGAGGGGCUUUGUGCUCCGGGAGGCUGUCUGUGAAGCGCCCGAAAGUAUUUCGAGGUACGAAAACCUCUUCAAGAAACUAGAUCGCAACGGGGACGGUCGAGUGGACAUUGCUGAGCUACAAAGUGGCCUUAAAGAGUUGGGCAUCCCUCUGGGAGAUGACGCGGAGAAGAAAAUUUUCAGGGCUGGAGACACUAAUCAGGAUGGAAGACUGGACUUUGAAGAGUUUACACAUUAUCUUAAAGACCAUGAGAAGAAAAUGAAACUUGCAUUUAGAAGUCUGGAUAAAAAUAAUGAUGGUGUAAUUGAAGCCUCAGAGAUUGUUCAGUCUCUGAAGAUACUGGGCAUAGAUGUUUCUGAAAAGCAGGCAGAGAAGAUUCUAAAAAGCAUGGAUGCUGAUGGGACAAUGUCAGUGGACUGGAAUGAAUGGCGAGAUCAUUUUCUCUUUAAUCCUGCUACAGACAUUCAAGGAAUCAUCCGUUACUGGAAACAUUCCACAGUAUUAGAUAUUGGAGAUAGUUUAACUAUUCCUGAUGAAUUCACUGAAGAAGAGAAGAAGACUGGCCAGUGGUGGAAGCAGCUUUUGUCAGGUGGAGUUGCUGGUGCUGUGUCUCGAACAGGCACAGCCCCCCUGGAUCGUCUCAAAGUUAUGAUGCAGGUGCAUGGCUCAAAGGGGAAAAUGAAUAUAGCUGGUGGCUUGCAACAAAUGGUGAAAGAAGGAGGAGUCCGUUCCCUUUGGAGGGGAAAUGGUGUAAAUGUUGUUAAAAUUGCACCUGAAACAGCUAUCAAGUUCUGGGCCUAUGAACGGUAUAAGAAAAUGUUUGUUAAUGAAGAGGGAAAAAUAAGAACUAUAGAACGGUUUAUAUCUGGUUCUCUGGCUGGAGCAACUGCACAGACAUCUAUUUAUCCCAUGGAGGUAUUAAAAACAAGACUGGCAGUGGGUAAAACAGGACAGUAUUCUGGGAUGUUUGACUGUGCUAAGAAGAUUUUAAAAAUGGAAGGAGUGAAAGCCUUUUACAAAGGUUAUAUUCCCAAUAUUUUGGGAAUAAUUCCAUAUGCUGGCAUAGAUCUGGCUGUUUAUGAGGCAUUGAAGAAGAUGUGGUUAGAAAAAUAUGCCACAGACUCUGCCAACCCUGGCGUGUUAGUAUUGCUUGGAUGCGGUACUUUAUCCAGUACUUGUGGCCAGUUAGCCAGUUACCCACUUGCCCUUAUCCGAACUCGAAUGCAGGCUCAAGCAAUGGUAGAAAGUGGCCCUCAACUAAACAUGGUUGGCCUUUUCCGAAGGAUUGUUGCUAAAGAAGGAAUCCUUGGACUAUACAGGGGCAUAGCUCCAAACUUCCUGAAGGUGCUUCCUGCUGUCAGCAUCAGCUAUGUGGUAUAUGAAAAGAUGAAAGAGAACUUGGGAAUUGCAUAAAAGAGAAACCACGUGAGGCUAUCAAGGAAUAUUAACCCAGAUGAAAUCUUCUUGGAUGCUAAAUUCAUUCAUGUUUACAGUUAGAUACAAUUCUUCUAUGCAAAAAUUCUGCAAGUCUUGUCUUUAUGAAGUCUUGAUAGAGAAAAAACAUAUUUUCUGGAAACAGCUAGGUAAUGAAAAAAUUGUCAAGAAAUAUUUCAUUGCUUAUCUAGCUGCUUGUUGGAAAAGUUUUUGAGGAUAUCAUAAUUAUUUUAUUUCUCUAAAAUAUAUAUUACUGGGUUAAAGCUAUAUGAGCACUCUAUUAUGACAAUUUGCAUUUGAUUGCCUAGCGGGCAAUUCAUGAGCUUUCUAAACAUCCAAUAUUAUUUUACAUGCAUAUUUUGUAAUAUGAUAAUGAUUCUACUCUUUUUUUUGUUAAGUCUUUCUUUGUAAAUGCCAAAAAAAAUCUCAGAAAAAUUAUUCAGAAAGUCAUAAAAUGUCAUACUGAAA